AUGACACUGGAAUCACGCGCGCAUGAGACCAGGGUCUCAUACUACCGCUAUGAUCCUUCGCUAGCAGUGGCGAUUGUUGCCGCCGUCCUUUACAGCAUUGCGUUUAUCUUGACAUUUAUACAAUGGAUCCGGUAUAAGGCAUGGAUAUGGGUUAUUAUGGUACUGGCAGCAGCAAUGGAAGCGGUUGGCUACAUUGGCCGAUGUAUUUCCACCCAAAAUGUGACAUCAAGACCGGUUUACGUCCUCCAAUUUGCCCUUAUUGUCCUCGCACCGGUCCUCAUGGCCGCCUGCUGCUAUAUACUGUUUAGUCGGAUCCUCUUCCUAGUCGUUCCCCAUGACGCUCGUACAUUUCAGCUUUGCUGGGUACCUCCUCGGUUCAUUACGCCGAUUUUUGUUGGAUUUGAUAUUGUGGCUCUUCUCCUCCAACUGAGCGGAGCCGUGAUGAUUUCCUCAGUCAGUGUUACAGAUGCAGCUGCGGCUCAUAAGAUCUUCAAGGGAAAGGCUAUUGCCCAGGCGGGUGUUAUUAUUCAAUUGGUGGCAUUCGGACUCUUUUCUGUCGCGGCUGUGCGCUUUAACUUUACCUCGAAGAGAUUCACUGAUGAGCUGGCUGGGCGAUAUGAGGUUCUUGAUGAGAAGACUUAUUCUAUUGAUGGAAUCGUGAAGAAUAGACAUUGGCCUGCUCUGUUACGGGUUGUCAACUUAACCACUUUGCUGAUUCUGGUCCGUUCUAUUUAUCGUCUCGUGGAGUUCUCUUCAGGUUCCACCGGCUAUAUCAACGCACAUGAAUGGACAGCGCUUCUGAGUUUGAAGGUCCGCAUUUCUCGCUGGACGAAAGAUCAACUGGAGUAUUUUGAAGCGCCCAUCGAAUCGAAUCUGCAACCAAUUGAGGCUCCGUGA